AUGACAUCCUCGUUCCGCACCGGCGUAGCUUUGCGACAAGGUGUCCAACACCUUCCCAUAAGAAGCUCCUACAAUUUGGCAACUCUACAGAGCGUGCACAUUGCAUCAACUAUUAGCCGUCAGAGCCGUCUACCACUUCAACCAAGCGCGAAUAUAAAUUACAUUCGCCCAACAGCUAUAAUUACCCAGGCCCAACUCCAACUCCGCGCAUACUCCGCCUCGCCCAAGGAACCGACAGCCGAUAACUUGAUCGAAGACCUGCAGGACGUUUACGGAAUAGCCAAAGACCUGUUUGAAACCGCGUCUGAGUCCACCGAUAAAGAAUCAAUCCAUGCCGAGGAUGAUCAAGAGUCUGCGCGCGAUGCGUUGAAUCAGCUUCUCACCGUUUACGAGGCUUACACGACCGGCGAGACAGGUGCUGAAAUUGCUGGGGGAGAUGGUGCGUCGGAGGAGGGAGAGCCAGGUCUAGUCGUUAGGACGAACUUCGAUCCGAGAAGAAUAUCUGCUACUGUGAUGGGGGACGUGAGAAAACGGUUUGGACAGAAGGUUGAUGACUUGAAAAAUGCAGUUGAGGCUCUUGAGGAGAAAUCGUAG